UCAGUGGCGACUUCCUUUCCGCGACGCCUAGAGAGGCCAGGCGGGGGUCAGGAGUCCUCCCAGCCGUCCUUCCCUUUCUCUCGGGUGAAGAUGGCUGCGACACUGAUCCUGGAGCCCGCGGGCCGCUGCUGCUGGGACGAGCCGGUGCACAUCACCGUGCAAGGCCUGGCCCCCGAACAGCCGGUCACGCUGCGCGCGUCCCUGCGCGACGAGAAGGGCGCGCUCUUCCGCGCCCACGCGCGCUACCGCGCGGACGCCGAGGGCGAGCUGGACCUGGAGCGCGCGCCCGCGCUGGGCGGCAGCUUCGCGGGCCUGGAGCCCAUGGGGCUGAUCUGGGCCAUGGAGCCUGAUAAGCCGUUUUGGCGACUACUGAAAUGGGACGUGCAGACGCCCUUCGUGGUGGAGCUGGAGGUGCUGGACGGCCACAAGCCUGACGCUGGGCCUCUGCUGGCCCGCGCGCUGCACGAGCGCCACUUCAUGCCGCCCGGUGUGCGGCGGGUGCCGGUGCGGGAGGGCAGGGUGCGGGCCACGCUCUUCCUACCUCCAGGACCUGGGCCUUUUCCUGGGAUCAUCGACCUGUUUGGACUUGGAGGUGGCCUUCUGGAGUACCGAGCUAGUCUGCUGGCUGGCAAGGGUUUCGCUGUGAUGGCUCUGGCUUAUUAUAACUAUGAUGACCUUCCCCAGAGCGGAGACAUCUUUCACCUGGAGUACUUUGAAGAAGCUGUGAACUAUCUACUUCAUCACCCCCAGGUAAAGGGUCCAGGGAUUGGGCUGCUUGGGAAUUCCAAAGGGGGAGAACUUGGCCUUGCCAUAUCCUCUUUCCUGAAGGGCAUCACGGCUGCAGUCAUAAUCAAUGGCUCAGUGGCCGUUGUUGGGGCAACCAUACACUACAAGGAGGAGACGCUGCCCCCUGUGGGUAUCAUGAGAGAUCGACUCAAGAUGACCAAAGAUGGCAUCAAAGACAUUGUGGAAGCCCUGAAAAGUCCUUUGGAAGACCAGAAGAGCUUUAUUCCCGUGGAGAGGUCUGACACCACCUUCCUGUUCCUUGUGGGUCAGGAUGACCACAACUGGAAGAGCGAGUUCUAUGCGAAUGAGGCCUCUAAACGCCUGCAGGCCCAUGGGAAGGAGAAGCCCCAGAUCAUCUGCUACCCAGAAGCAGGGCACUACAUUGAGCCCCCUUACUGGCCCCUGUGCAGGGCUGCCCUGCAUAUCUUGGCAGGUGGUCCUAUCGUUUAUGGAGGGGAGCCCAGAGCUCAUGCCAUGGCCCAGCUGGAUGCAUGGAAGAGACUCCAGACUUUCUUUCAUAAACAUUUGGAAUGUGUUGAGGUGACCAUCCCGGCAAAACUGUAAUUUUCAUUUGCUCUCUCCUGAGAAUAGUUGCCACAGUUUGUGUGUCUGGAUCCUGCUUCCUUUUUAAUAAGUACUUAUAGUUUUUCCAAAAACACAUUUUUAUCAAUUGCAUCGCUUAUCAAUUUGGGAUUGGAGUCACUCUGCAGAAAACAGGAAACAUAAGAGGUAGAAAAAGCUUCCUUCUCACUCUUGCACACCAUGCAACUGACAAGGCUUUAGCUCUGAAAAUAAAAAUGAGUAACACUGAUGAACAGUGCUUGUGCAUAGUUGAGAGUUCAACAGUUGUUUGCUAAAUGACUGAUUAAUAAGUAAAUGAUUGGCUACUGUGUUAGAAAAGCAUAUACAGUGCCCUUCGUGUCUAUGGGUUCCGCUUUGUAGUUUCAACCAACUGCCAAUCGAAAAUAUUUUAGAAAAAAAUUGUGACUGUACUGAAUGUAUACAGAUGAGUUUAAUGUUAGUUUCCGUAAACAAUAUAGUUUAGAAACUACUGACCCAGGAUUUACAUUUUAUUCGGUGUUACAAGUACUCUAGAGGUGAUUUCAAAAUACACAGGAAGAUAUGUGUAGGUUAUAUGCAAAUACUACAUUAUUUUAUGUAAGGGAUUGAGCCUCUGAAGAUUUUGGUACCUGUAGGCAUCCUACCCAAUCUCCCACAGAUACCAAUGGAUGACUAUAAUACCAGAAAGAUUAUAAUGUCCCCUUUGAGUUUCUUCUUUUAGAAUGGAAGCAACACCUUAGCCAUAAACUAUUAGUUGGAUAUAAACUUAAUAAAAAUUUCCAAAUCAACUAUA